CUCAACACGUCAUUUCAGUUUGCAUCUCGGACAGUAGACUACAAGAUCUGAAAGAGAAGCUUACUAUCAAACAGAGACUACAAAAAUUAUUUGGGGUUCACAUAACUAUGACUCAAAAGGAGUUUGACAAUAAAAUAAGGAUUCUCUACAAAUGUUGUCUGAAGAGUGUGAGAGAUUUGCAUGAACUUCAUCUCAGGAGAAUGAUGGGUAUGGAAAUCAUUAAUGAUAUAAUUGCGAGAGCCAAAUCAGCUUCCGUAUCUAUGUCUCACGUCAUUCAUAUAACUUGGAGUAUAAUGAGCUGCAUACACCACUUUCAACUUCGGCUGCGAACUGUUUCCAUAAGUUUGAUAUCUUAUGCUAGGAGAAAAAAAGCUGAAGAGUGUAUGAAGUCUUACUCACAGUUAAUUAGAUUGUUCAGACCAGAAAUGCAUCGUAUUAUUCUGAAUGCAAUAAUCACAUUCUACAGAGAAGGGAAACUGUGGGAAAUUGAAUUCGCGUGCACCGAUUUAAUAGUUCAACUACUGCAAAUUUAUCAAGAUGCUGAAGAAGGAAUAGAAGACCUUUUAUAUACUCUAGAAACGUCUACCCUCCUAAACGUUCAUGAGGCCAAAUGUUUAACACAAAUAUUAUAUGAAAUUAUGAAAAAAGUACGUUGGAGAAGAAUGUCGGAAUAUCUCAUGAAAAAGAUUUUGUCAAUGCUUGAAAGUAGCAUCGUACCAAAAUCAACAGACAAUUACAACUAUGUUCCAUUGAGAAAAGGUUUAGAAAUUUGCAUGAGGAACACAAUUGGUAAUUUAGGUAACAAGGAUCUUAUAAAACUGUUAUUCUUCAUUCUGAAAAAAAUGCACGACAAAGAUCUUGAUGAAGAAACGAUAAUGUGUUUCGGAAACCUAGCCGCAUAUGGAGCAAAAAAAUUCAAGCUCAAAUCUCCGAAAAGUUCAAUCUUGGAUGGACCGUUGCCAUACAUUCUCAGACUAUUUCAGAUAAAUAAUACAAUUCUAAUAUUGUAUUCUAUGAGGAUAUGGCAGAGUCUCAUAGACAGAAAUAAUAAUGCCCUUAAUUUUCUCUCGCCAAGGAUAUUUCUCCGGGACUGCAACUACGGUUUGACAAUAACACAUUGUCGGGAAGGGGAUAAAGCUUUUUUCAAAUCAAUGCGUCAUCUCGUUUAUGAAAUAACACUGAAUACAUUCAUCAGAGCCACCUCUCGACUAGGUUUGGAGAACAUGUAUCAAGUCGUAGCUUUGACACUGAUAGAAAUUCCAUGUGGUUAUACAGCAUCAUGUUUUAUAACGGUAGCGAUGAGUUUGCAGGAAUAUGCAUUCAGUAUCAGUCAAGAAAAUUUAGUGACUUCUCAUCACCUGCAUGCCACAAUUUUAUCUCUAUUGACACUGGUUUGCUAUAUCCACAAUGCCACUGUUUUCUACGAUUACGUCAACACUAUCAUGGAACGCAGAGCAGAAUGGGCUCCACAUUUGAAUCCACCCUUGAAAGCCCACUAUGAAUAUGCCCAACAUCAUGUACUGUGGAACAAGCCUGAAUUGUUUUUUGAAGACUGGGAAGCACGGUAUGGUUUGUGGAAAUGCUUCAGGACCAAGAAAAAAACCGCUCAUCGCAAAAGUAUAGUGGUCUAAUAGCAUAAAAACUCCUCAGAGAGUGUAAAUAUUGAUAAUAAAAAAGGAGUACACUGAA